CGAGCGGAGAGAAGAGAGGAGGCAAUUCCCGCACGGCACGGCAUGUGAGAGUGAGGCCGCGCAAAGGUGUCCAUGGAACCGCGAACUUCAAAUUUAGGGUUCUUUUGGUAAUAAAAUUCGACAUUGAAAUUUAAUGAAUUUGUGAAUCGAUCGGAUUUGAUCGUCAAUGGAAGAAGAGGAGAGAAGGGAUCGGGGAACAAAGGCGAGGUCUUUGAUAGAGAAGGCCACAAACUCGACUUCUCCAGAGGUCGAUCCUCGUCUCCUUCGGGCCAUCAAGUCGGUGGUGCGAAACUCGGAUUCGGAGCUCCGAAUUGCUGCCGAAACACUUACAGACCUCAUGAAGCGAGACCACUCUCAGGUUAGGUACCUCACACUUCUAAUAAUUGAUGAACUGUUCAUGCGAUCAAAGCUUUUUAGAACCCUUCUUGUUGAGAAUUUAGACCAGCUACUGAGUUUGAGUAUUGGAUUCAGACGAAAUCUGCCACUACCUGCACCCCCAGCUGUUGCAUCUGUUUUACGUUCAAAGGCCAUUGAAUUCUUAGAAAAAUGGAACCACUCCUUUGGGGUUCAUUACAGGCAGCUCAGAUUAGGGUAUGAUUACCUAAAGAAUACCCUUAGGCUUCAAUUUCCUAACAUACAGGCGAAUGUGGAGCGGAUGCAGCAAGAGAGAAGGGAAAAAGAGAGAAGAUCUAAAGAGAUUUUGUUGAUCAAAUUUGAACAUUUGAGACAGAAUUUAUCAUCAAUAAAAGGAGAAAUAAUAUCCACAGUGGAUGAGAUUGGAGAGUGUUUGGAAAUUUUGAACGCAAAAGAGGAGUUUAUGCAGGAUGAUAUCUUAGAUGAUGAAGUAGAAGAGUUCCGUCCUUCUGAGCUGCAGCAGAUGCGUCUUGAUGCCAUAAAAGAAGGAGAGAAGGUUAACGAGAACAGUGAUAACAAGGUGAUUUUUGAUGCUCUGAGGGAAUUGUACAAGCUUUUAGUGACAAAGCAUUUGAUUUCGAUCCAAGAAUGGAUUUCUGUUCUAGUAAGGGUUGAAGUAGCUGACAAUAGAUUUAGAGAUUCCACUUUGAAGGAGUUCAUUGACAUUUGCAAUCGUCUGAAAUCAGUUCAAAAGAAAUGUGAAGAGGCUGGAUGUUCUCUUCCAAACACAUCCAAACAUGGUGAGGAAGAAGAUUUUUGGGAGGAGGGUGAAUUUGUAGCUAAUGAAGUUGCAUCUAGUGUUCCCAAGAACAAAGAUAAACAUCUUGACAUGGUAUCUACUUCCCAAAAAGAGACUGAUGGUGCUCUGAGUUCAAGAAAUAAAGAGUCUAACAGCUCAAACACCAAGAGCUUAGCUCAUGGAAGGAAUGAAGUAGACUCAAACUCUCCGAGGAGCAAACUUCUAGCUGAAGCUCCUGUGGUAAGGUGGAGUUCUCAUUUGGAUGAUUGGGGCUCAAACAGGGUUUUUAUGGCUAAUCAGCGGGGCUUGGAGCUUGAUAAUCACUGGGGGCGGGUGGAGUCUGAUGUUGUUAUCCCAGCAGAUAAAAUUGCUGAAUUGAAUGUUCAUGCUGCAUUUUAUGAAGAGAAGCAAGUGGAGAUCCAACCAUGUCGUGCUCCUUUGAGGAAGGGGGGGCUCUGUCAGAGAAGAGACUUGAGAAUUUGCCCAUUCCAUGGACCUAUCAUUCCUCGGGAUGAAGGAGGGAAGCCACAUGAUCAGGGCCUGUCUGAACACAAGGUAAAUGUUGAUUUGGGUACUGAUUUGGCAGAGCAGUUGGCAAAACAAGCUGUGAAGAAUGUUCGUGAAAGAGAUAAAGAAGUGGCAAAGAAGCGACAAAUUGAUAAACAGACACUGAAGCGUGCAAAACUUGCCAAAAUCCGGGAACACAACGAAUCAGUUUUACGGGAUGCAGCUUUGGCUUCUACUUCGAGAUCCAUGUCUCUUGGGCAAGAUGGGGAUGUGAUCAGUGAAGGGAACAUAUCUGCCAGAGACAACAAGCGAAGUCUUGCAUCCAUGCUUCGAAAGAAAGUAACAUCAAAAGACAGAAUAGCCCAGAAGCUUUUGAAUUCUCAGGCUAGAGAUGCUACUGUUAGGCAGCACGAUGCUAGUGAGGAUGCAAAAUACAGAGAAUCCUUCCCGAACCAAUGGUGAACUGGGUUCAUUUUGAGCAUGUAGGAUUACUUUUAGUCAAACUUCAGGAUCAGAUACAUUGAGUAAAACCUUGUCUUGUUGAACUAAGGAAAUUAACUGAUUUAUGCAACUGUUUAUCUGUACAUUCAUUCCUUUAUAGAGAGUGACUUGGCUCGCCAAGGAAUAAGAGGAUACGUUUUGGAGCUAGUCGCUGUAAUACUUUUUCCCCAGUAUAGUCCCACAAUUUCUGCAAGAA